UGCAAAAUACGCGUAUUGUCCGAGCAAAAGGGUCCGCUCCGCUUGGUUUCUUCAUUCCGCGCUGCUUCUCGUUCCCUGCUUUUCACUUUGCUGAACAUUUCCCGGUGACGAUCUGAUUUUCCGGCCCAAUUCCGGCUACCUGAGGGGGAUUCAGUCGCCGGAAACCUAGUUGUCUUCAUCGACCGACGGAUAGUCAUGAGUACCGAAUAUGACUACUUGUUCAAGCUUUUGCUGAUUGGAGACUCUGGAGUUGGGAAAUCAUGCCUUCUUCUGAGAUUUGCUGAUGAUUCAUAUCUGGACAGUUACAUCAGUACAAUUGGUGUUGACUUUAAAAUACGCACUGUGGAGCAGGAUGGAAAGACCAUUAAACUCCAAAUUUGGGACACUGCUGGACAAGAGCGUUUCAGGACAAUCACUAGCAGUUACUACCGUGGCGCACAUGGCAUCAUAAUAGUUUAUGAUGUAACAGAUCAGGAGAGUUUCAACAAUGUUAAGCAAUGGUUGAAUGAAAUUGAUCGUUAUGCCAAUGAGCACGUGAACAAACUUCUAGUUGGAAAUAAAUGUGAUCUCGCUGAUAAAAGAGCUGUGUCCUAUGAUACUGGCAAGGCACUUGCGGAUGAAGUUGGCAUCCCUUUUAUGGAAACAAGUGCAAAAGAUGCUACUAACGUGGAACAGGCCUUCAUGGCCAUGGCUGGUGACAUCAAGAACAGGAUGGCGAGUCAGCCAGGUAUGAACAACGCAAAACCACCCACGGUGCAGAUCAAAGGGCAACCUGUCGGCCAGAAGAGUGGCUGCUGCUCUUCUUAGUUGGUUCUGAUUUUGAGGGGCUCAUACUGUCUCUCGUCCAUACGCAUUUAUCGGAGAUGACCAUUUUCAUCUCUCCAAAGGGGAAACAGCUGCAAGCAAACUACCCAAAAGUUUCAUUCUUUCUGUCAAUUUGAUUUGUAUGGUGACCUGUAAAAAUCAAAAGGGCCGCAUAGUAUUAUUUCCAAGUUAUUUUGUCCUCGCGUUUAUUUUCUGGAAGUGGCAACAUUUUCAAUUUGAUCCCCUCCUUUGUUACGGUUACAGUUUCCUAUAGACGGUCUUGAAAUGGUAUUCGGAGGAGAGAAAGGGGCUCUGCAGUUGAAA